AUGGAUACAUUUGAAUCAGUAUUAUAUUUGGUUAAACCUGGUUGUUAUAUGGCAUCAGUAGAUCUUAAGGAUGCCUAUUAUUCUGUAUUCAUUGCGGAAGAAGAUCGGGUAAAAUUGAUAUUUGAGCAUCGUGGUAUAUUGUAUCAAUACCAAGCAUUGCCAAAUGGUAUUUCUUUUGCCCCAAGAACAUUUACUAAACUCAUGAAACCAAUAUAUGCUUCACUGCGUUUUGAAAUCAAUUCUGAAAAAAUGGUUGUAACCCUUCCAGAAACAAAAGUGUUAACACUAUUGCAAGAAUGCAAAGAUCUAUACAGAAAAUAUCAAGUUUCAAUUCAAAUUGUAGCUAGAAUUCUAGGCCUGAUGGUCUCAAGCUUUUCAGCUGUUGAGUAUGGUCAACUUUUUUACAGAAAAAUAGAAAAAGAGAAAAUUCAUGCAUUAAAACUUUCGAAAGGUGAUUAUUCUUGUAAAAUGUAUGUAACAGAUGAAAUGAAAAGUGAACUGAAAUGGUGGAUAGAUAAUUUGUGUUCCCAAGAAAGGGUUAUUGAUCAUGGUAAUGCAAAUUUAGUCAUUGUGUCCGAUGCCUCAUCCUUAGGAUGGGCUGGAAUAUGUGAGAAUCAAGAAAUAGGUGGUAGAUGGACCACCACAGAGGCAGAUCAUCAUAUAAAUUAUUUAGAGCUCCUAGCAGCUUAUCUAUCUGUUACAGCUUUCUGUAAAAAUAAGUCUAACAUACAUGUCCAAGUACAGUCAGAUAACACUUGCACAGUAGCUAACAUACGAAAUAUGGGCAGUUGUAGAUCUUUAGAAUGUAAUGACUUGGUGCACAAACUUUGGAUUUGGUGCAUAGAGCGUUCAAUUUGGUUGUCAUCUACCCAUAUACCAGGAAAAAGUAAUAUUUCUGAUUAUGGAUCAAGAAAUUUUAAAGAAAAUGUUGAAUGGAAACUAAAUGAAAAAAUCUUCAGGGAUAUAACAGAUCUCUGGGGAUUACCUGAGAUAGAUAUGUUUGCAUCAAGAUUAAAUUAUCAAUUGUUAAAAUAUGUUUCAUGGAAACCAGAUGCAGAAGCAUGUUUUGUUGAUGCAUUUUCUUUAGAUUGGUCUAAAAUGUUCAUGUACAUUUUCUGUCCUUUCAGUUUAGUGGGACGAGUUCUUCAGAAGCUGAGGCAAGACCAAGCAGAAUGCAUUAUGUUGGUGCCACUGUGGCCAACACAGAACUGGUGGAACAAUUUUCUGGAACAUUUGAUAGAAAUUCCUUACAUAGUUCCAGUGACAGGGAAAGUACUACAGAUUCCAUUCACAGACAAAAUUCAUCCUCUGGUAGGAAAACUGAACCUCUUUAUUUCUCGGUUAUCAGGCAAUCGUUUGAAGGUAGAAACAUUUCAGAGGGGGCUGCCAACAUUAUCAUGUCCUUAUGGAAACGUUCAACACAAAAUCAAUACUCAGUUUACAUUAAAAAAUGGUUUCAGUUCUGUGAUGAAAAACAAAUUAAUCCAGUUCAAGUUACUGUAA